AUGCUCGAGCUACCGCCGUUUCUUGGUACGAUCCGCACGCUUCGCGAGCUCGCGACCCCGCGCUUCGACUGGACCGGUACCACCAAGCACCUCGGCGGUGGCAACAGCCUCGACGAACUCUACCUCUAUCUCUCGAUCGCUGCGACCAUGCUGCGCGCACGGCGGCCGCUCGAAGCCAAAAUCGACUUCCACUGGGACGAGGCGACGGCGCCGGCGCCAAAUAGCUGUGCGCUGCAUGGUAUGCUCAUCAACGACAUCUUUGUGCCGCUGGUCUCGGUCCUCCUACGCCAUCCGUCGACAACUGACGUCCGCUUUCACACGACCGACGACGAUGCGUCCAGCAAGGACAUCACCGCGACGCUGCAGCCAUACAUGGCGCUUGUGAGCGGCUUUGUCAAGAGCACGGUGGCGACGACCGAGCUCGUCUUUGCGACGCAGUGCCUGCUCGUCUCGAUCCUCGCGGUGCAGGGCCCUCCAAGCGACGCGAUCACGUGUGCGUCGGUCGCGGCGUCGAGCCUCAAAGCGCUCAAGGCCGCGUACCGGCACGUGCUCGUUGCCUUGCAACGGCCCGACACCCAGCCGCACAGGGUUGGCUGCAAGGCCAGGCCAACGCGCUGCGAUCCGAGUCCGCACGUGGUUUAA